AUGCCCGCCCGCUCGACCGCGAAGAAGAAGAAGCGGUACCGCCAAAUCAAGGGCGUGAAGUACGACGACGCCGCGCUGACGCUGUGCGAGGACGCGAUCCUCCACGGCGGGCGCGUCACGCUGUUCGACGCGAAAGCGAUCCACGCCGACGUCCAGGACGGCGGGCGCGUCACGCCGAUCGAGUGGGCGACGCUCAAGUUCAUCGCGGAGGGCGGCAACGGCGGCGCGCAGUUCCGCGUCGACGCGAGCGCGAGCGCGUGGCUCAAGGCGAGAUGCGAGGAGCACGACCCGGAGACGGGCGUCACGCCCGCGCGCGCGCCGAGAGCGUAUCGCGUCGAGGACGGUGAGCGGUGCGACGCGAACGCGCUCGCGAUCGCGGACGCGGCGGUGGCGCGGCACGGUCGGCUGCGCAUCGAGGACGCGCGCGCGGUGUGGAAGGACGUCCACGACGGAGGACGCGUCACGGAGAUCGAGUACAACACGAUCGCGCGUAUCGCGGAGACGCGCGAGAUGACGGUCGCGUCGAAGAAGUUCUUGCUCGAGAAGGCGGAGGCGCACCGCGAGGAACGCGAAGAGGAGGAUGAGGGCGAGGAGGAGGGGGAUGAGGGCGAGGAGGGGGAGGAGGAGGAGGAGGAGGAGGAGGAGGAGGAGGAGGAGGAGGAGGAGGAGGAGGAGGAGGAGUUGCCCGCGACGGCGCAGAAGCGCGAGCGCCCGCGCACGGCGUCGCGCGCGGCGGACACGGCGUCGCGCGCCGCCGUCGCCGUCGCCGACGCCGUCGCCGCCGCACGCGACGUCGCCGGCGCGGCGGCGUCGUCGUUCCUCUCGCGCCUUCUCUCGCCGUCCGAGACCGCGGACACGGUGCCCGUGCUGAACCACCGCGGCCCCGCGUUCGCGUCGCGAAUACCGCCGCCGCCGCCGCCGCGACGACGGUCCAACCUCGCGCCCGCGGCGACGCCCGCGGCGACGCCCGCGGCGACGCUCGCGGCGGUGCCCGCGCCAGCUGUGCACACGACGGUCAAGACGCCAGCGGGGGGGAUGCACCGACUCCCGCACUGGGAGACGACGGAGGCGGGCGCGUCUCGGCUCGUGAUGCCGUCCGCGUACACCGGCAGCGUCGCCGCGGAGACGCUGUUGAAGCGGUGGGUGAGCGAGAACAUCGCGGAUGAGAUUGUCAUCGAGCGCGACGACGACGACGGCGGCGACGGGGGGCGGACGGCGGCGGCGGAAGAGGUCGCGGCGGCGACGACGCGGUCGCGAAGACGAAGCGGCGGGAGGAAACCCGCCGCCGCCGGAACGAGCGCGUCGUACAAGAUCUGGUCCCCGCGGGAGGACCCGCCGGAGCCCGGGUACGAGUGGACGUCGCGGUUCGACGACGAAGGAGAGGCGCGCGACGACGACGACGACGGCGACGACGACGACGAAGAAGAAGAAGAAGAAGAAGAGGAAGCGCCCGCGCCCGCGCCCGCGACGGACAGGGCGGCGACCGCGACGCGAUCCGUCGCGUUCGUCGAAGGCGACGUCGAGUCCCCGCAGACGUGGCUGCGUCGUCGCAGGGUCCAGGACAGCGUCGCGCGGCCGGCGCCGAGCGCGUUCAGGGAGUACUCCGCGGGGAAGCCGUCGCCGUUUUCGCGACGAAACGCCGGCGGCGGGACCGGCGGCGCGUCGUCGUCCGGAUGGGACGACGACGACGACGACGACGACGACGACGACGGGUUUCUCGCGGGCAUCCCCACCGCGAACGUCCCCGCGAGCGUGCGCAAGAUGUCGCGCAGGUUGCAGUACGCGUUCGAGGACGUCUCCGGGUAUGAUGGUUGGGCGAGGAUCGCCGCGAAGAUCGCGAGGGCGUCGGUCGUCGGCGUCUUCGGCGUGCUGCGAAUAAUGUUCGGACUGUUUACCUCCCCGUCCAAAGUGUCGGAGCACCCGGUCAAGGCGACGACCGCGGCGAUCGCGGUGUGCUCCGCGUUCCUGCUCGCGAUGCUCACGAAGGCGUGGUACGGCGUCGUGAAGGCGACGUACGGGCCGAGCGGGGGCCGAGCGGGGUUCGUCGGCGGGGGGGGGGGCGCCCCGAGCGCGGGGCCGGAUUGGGUCGGCAUGGCGGAGGAUUGGAGCCGCGUGGAAGACGCGGUCGGGAGGCUCGCGGACGCGGUGUCCGCGUCCGUCGCGGAGUGA